AUGGACUCGAAUAAUCCUUCCGGCUUCCCAGCUGCGAUGCAGCAGACCGCGGCUUUUCCUAUCACGACUCAAAGUCCCCAACAGUUCCCUUACUAUCCAAAUGCCAUGCCCUCAUUUCCCCAGCCUAAGUCUACACCUCCCUCUCAUAUGACUCCUCAGCAACAAUUACCGCAUUCUUUCAAUUCCGUGCCUAUGCAGGCCGGCCCCGGUGGAGCAAUGAUGCCGACUGGCUAUCCCCAGCAAUCACAAGGACCCCACGCCAACUUCGCGGCGCCAUUUGCCCAGCCACCUGUCCCGACUUCGAUGGGCCAAUUUCUUCCUCCCCAGGCGACUUCAGCUGCUGCGGUUUCUGGCACUGCUGCACAAUCAUUUUCUUCCAACCUGGCCUCAAUUCCCUCGACCAACAUGAUUUCAGCGCAACAACCGAGACCGACCCCGCAACCCAACCCAGUGCCAAAUUCGUCUCCUUCUGCCCCCCAGUCGCCUGCCGCGGCUGCUCGAGAGAAGGCCCGGGUGACGGUUCUUCUGGAUAUCAAUUCGAUGCUGCUGCAGGAAGUCAUAAAUCUUCAGGCAGCCGGCAAGGCUGGGACUGCGCCUACUCCGCAGGGCUCUCAAGAAUCCAACCCGUCGCCGACCUCGGAGCAGACUCCCGACAAAUCUAACCAGCGCCCAAGCCCGGAGUAUGUCGAAUGUAUGCGACGAUUGCAAGCCAACCUGGGUUAUUUGGCAACCGUGGCCGACCGAGCUAAGAAGUCUGGUGGUGUUGCUCCUGGCGGCCCUGCUAUCAUGACACCACCACCACAUAUGCCCUCAAUGGCCGAUCUCUACAACCGACUCAGUGAAUUAUGUCCUCGUUCGACACAAGGUAGCAUGGGAACACCUCAGCCUAGUCCCCAAGCCCUGCAGGGAAACGGGCGGCCCAGCCCUUCCCCCGCUACCGAGACAGUUGUCUGA